UUGCAUCUGUCUGCCUCGCUGCUUGUGUGUCUCUCUCUCUGUGUGUGUGUAUGAAAGUGCGCUAAAAAACCCAGGCAGCCAGUGGGAGAGCUAGAGAGCGAGGAGAGAGACACAGCAGAAAGACAAAAAAGCAUCUGAGAAGGGAGCAAGAAACGGGAGUGUGAAACAGCUAUGAAAUUCAUCCAGGCUGUUUGCUUACUGCUUCUCUUUCCAGCUCUGAGCAGCAACACCAGACAAAGCUACGAUGGUCUGGAGAAGAAGCUAAAAGAAGUCUUCAGUGAACGAAGCAGCAUCUUGCAUCAGCUCUCAAAAACAUCAAAGGAGCUGGACAGCAUUAAAGGCAACCUACAGUCACUGAAAGGGGAUGAGUCAGUGGCCAAGAAGGAUGUGCAGAGGAUUCUGGAGCUCAGCCAUAAACAGAGGGAGGAGAUGAAGUCCCUCCAGGCAGCCCUGCAGAAGCAGCUGGAUGAGGCAAAUGAGAGAGCUGAGAAGCAGCAGGCCACGAUUAAAUUUCUGAAAGUUGAGAUGGAGAAGAAAACAAAAAUCAUCAAGGAUUUACAGCAAGAGAACAAGAGCUUGAAAAACAAGCUACUCUCUGGGAACAAACUUUGCAACGCCUAUGCUGAAGAGUCCAAAAAAAUCCAGGCUCAACUGAAAGAACUGCGGUACGGGAAAAAGGAUUUAAUUUUUAAGGGACAACAGCUUCUGGACUUGGAGCACAAGCUAACUGUAGCCAAGGAGGAAUUGGAGAAGACGGCACUCGAUAAGGAGUCUCAGCUGAAGGCGCUGAAGGACACAGUUCACAUCUGCUUUUCAGCUGUCCUUCACAACCAGCCCAGCAGCCACCGAUUCCCCACCUCCCCCACCCACUUGUUCAGAUACUCAUCGCUCAUCAACAGCUCCAGAGUCACCUUUCAGCAGCCACACGCAAAGGAUAUCUCCAAAAUUCAGAGAAUUGUCACAGCAACUAAAUCGCCCAUGAACAUAGGAGUAAUGAGGAGAGAGAAUGGUGGAGUCAAAGAGUGCCAGAUGGAGAAGCAAACAAGUCAAGAGCAGCCUGGAAAUGUUGGCACAACGCUCUCGCAUGACAGUGGGGACGCAGAGGACAGCAGCAGCAGAAAGACAAAGCCACAUAAAGACGACUGAGCAGACGGCAUGUCAUCGCAAAGCAGCCUGCAUUGCCUGGAGGAUGUUUCUAAGCACACACUUUGCGCACUUCCACAAAAAAUAAUGUGCGCCCACACACAUUACCUUACACUCACUUUUGAACACAUGCACACACCACGGGACACAUGCAUACUGGCAUUGUUAAAAGAAUCUGAGACACUGGGACUGUCAGCAAAACUCAAUCUUUCAUCUGAAAACUUCAUAGUAAAAUGGCAUGCGUUUAGAAGUUUUUUUUUUGUUUUUUUUUCAAAGGUAGCAAUGGAACUGGUAACUUGUUUUAUAAUUGUUCAUUUGU